AUGCCCGUCACCGAGCUCGCCUGCCUACAUCUAAAGAACAACCUCCCCCUCACCCACCCCACCAAUGCAUCGCUGUACACAGCCCUCCGCGCGGGGAUAACAGCGCAGGCCGAGUACACCAACGCCAAGACCUCGCUCCUCUCGCAGAUCGAAGAGCCCAGCUACAUCUACAUCGUCGGAAGAUGGGCCUCGGUCGCGCAGCACAUGGAGGAGUGGGUUCCGUCGUCGAAAAACCAGGAAAUCAUGGCUGCGUUGGGCGAUGGGAUUGAGGUUGUUUGGGUCCAGCAUCUUGCGCUCGAUGACUCACAGACACGUGGCCAAGAUGAGGGGAUCCCGUACUCGGACGCUGUUGUCGGAAUCGGGCGGUAUUUUGUCGCCAGUGAGAACAAAGAUGGUUUUGAGAGGGAUUUUACGGAGACGAGACAUCACCUCGAGACUUUUAAGAGGCAGAGGGAUAUAGCUUGGGGGUGGAGCGUUGAUCGGGACGAGGAAUUCGUGCUGUUUUCCGGGUGGGAGGCUGUGGACGAGCACUUUUCUUUUGCGGACAGCGAGGGGUUCAAGGAGUUCAGUCGUAUCAGGGACGUUAUGUUGUCCGCUGAGAUUAAGCAUGCGAGGUGGGAAUUUACUUUAUGA